CCCGGGCUGGGAGUCCGGGCGCCGCGGGAGUCGCGCCGGGCGCCGAACCCGCCCGGCUCCGGCCAAGGGUGAGGGCGCCGCCGGCCGCCGCGCCCGCGGGCUGAAGGCUCUGAUGGACAGGAGCUCUCCCGGACUCUAAGCUGAAGGAUGGCAGCCUACUCGAGCUUGUACAAUGAAGACAGAAACCUGCUUCGAAUUAAGGAGAAGGAAAGACGCAACCAGGAAAUUCACCAAGAGAAGGAGGCAUUUCCUGAAAAGAUUCCUCUUUUUGGAGAGCCCUACAAGAAAGCAAAAGGUGAUGAGCUGUCAAGUCGAAUACAGAACAUGUUGGGAAACUAUGAAGAAAUGAAGGAGUUCCUUAGCACCAAAUCCCACCCUCAGUGUCUGGCUGCUUCUGAAGAUAGGUUGGGGAAGCCAAGAUACCCUUCAUUUCCUGACAAGGGGGGCAGCAUUCCGUCUAACUCCUUCCACACACGUGCCCACCACCAGCCCAUUCACACUCCUGCCUCUGGACCACUUUCUGUUGGUAACAUUAGCCACAACCCAAAGAUGGCAAAGCCAAGAAUGGAACCAUUGCCAAAUCUCCACGCCAAAAGCUAUGGGCCACCAGACAGCCAGCACCUGGCCCCCGCUUGCCUUGGUCAGGAGGGGUACAGCUCCACUCAUCACAAGAAAGGGGACCCCAGGCCUGAUGAAGGCCACAGUACUUUGAUGACACACUUAGCUCCAGAAAGGGAACUUUCCCCCUUCAUCUCCUCUUUGCCUUCCCCUGUGCCUCCUUUGUCACCUGUACAUUCCAACCUGCAAACGCUACCCAGGAUGCAGGCAAGCAACAAGCUUCACAGCAGUAGCAACAACAGUAAAAGCUCCUGCCCAGCCAAGUCUGCCAAAGACCUGGUAGUGAAGGUUCGGGAUAAAGAGACCCCUCAAGACAAUUUGGUAGCGGUCACCAGCCUCAGUGUCGCCCCUCCCCAGCCGGCUUCUCAGACAUUUCCACCCCCCUCUCUGCCAUCGAAAAGUCUUGCAAUGCAGCAGAAGCCCACUGCUUACGUCCGGCCCAUGGACGGCCAGGAUCAGGCUCCGCUGAGCGAGUCUCCCAAGCUGAAAUCACCGCCAGAAGACUAUCGACCACAGACCUUUGAAAAAACAGACUUAAAAGUGCCUGCCAAAACCAAGCUCACCAGGCUGAAGAUGCCUUCCCAGUCAGUGGAGCAGAUGUACUCCAGUGAGGUUCACUGUGUUGAAGAAAUUCUGAAGGAAAUGACCCAUUCAUGGCCUCCUCCUUUGACAGCAAUACAUACGCCCAGUACAGCAGAGCCCUCCAAAUUUCCUUUCCCCACAAAGGAUUCUCAGCACAUCUGUUCUGCAAUCCAAAAUCAAAAACAAUAUGAUACACCUUCAAAAACCCACCCUAAUUCACAGCAAGGAACAUCCAUGCUGGAAGAUGACCUCCAGCUGAGUGACAGUGACGACAGUGAGAAUGAACAGGGCACAGAGAAGCCUCCUUCCUCAGCUGCACCUCCAAGUGCCCCCCAGUUGCUUCCGGAGCCGGUGGUGGCGGCCCACUCCAGCAGCGCCGAGUCGGAGAGCACCAGUGACUCAGACAGCUCCUCGGACUCGGAGAGCGAGUCUAGCUCCAGUGAGAGCGAGAAUGAGCCCCUCGAAGCCCCAGCUCCGGAGCCUGAGCCUCCGACAACAAACAAAUGGCAGCUGGACAACUGGCUGAUCAAAGUCAGCCAGCCAGCGGUGCCCCCCGAGGGCGCGGGGAGCUCUGAGCCCUCACACCCACCCCUGGGCAGCAAGGGGAGCGGCGAGGGCAGCACCAGCCAGGAGCACCCGGAAUCCAAAGACCCUCCUUCCAAGAGCUCCAGCAGAGCCCCCCGGCUCACCCCCGAGGGCCCCCACGCCGGGAAGAGGACUUGUCAGAAGUCUCCAGCACAGCACGAUCCUCCGCCCAGACAAACCGUGGGAACCAAACAACCCAAGAAAGCUGUGAAGGUCCCCGCGCAGGCGGACUGCAGAGCGGGCCAGCAGGUGCCCUUGGAGCCCGGCCCUCCGCACGGCGCCAAGGAGCAGACUGCCAAAGACAAGCCCAAGGUGAAGACGAAAGGGAGGCCCCGCGCCGCGGGCAGCAGGGACCCCAAGCCCACCGCACCUGCCCCCAGCGAGAAGAAGAAGCACAAGAACGGCCCCCCCACCCCCUCCAAGGCCGCCGCAGGCCCCGUGCCCAGCAAGGACAGUGUGGUUCCCCUGACCCAGAGCCAGGGCCCGCCCCCCGGGGGCAGCCACGGCGGCAGGACUAGUGGGUGCCAGCAGGCGGUGGUGGUCCAGGAGGAUGGCCGCAGAGACAGACUGCUGUUGCCCUUGAGAGACACCAGGGUGCUCUCGCCGCUCAGGGACACUCCUGCCCCGCAAAGCCUGGUGGUGAAGAUAACCCUCAGCCUUCUGACGCGGAUACCCCAGCCGCCAGGCAAGGGAAGCCGCGCGAGGAAAGCGGAGGAGAAGCCGCCGUCCACCGGGAAGAAGUCUGACUCUGAGAAGAGGUGUUCGGACGGUGCCAGCAAGGGGGCCAAAAAGAGAAAAGGUGACACAGAAAGAGACUAUGAGAACAAGAAAAUCAAGGUGGAGAAAGAAGUCAAGUCACAGUCUUCUUCAUCUUCAUCCUCUCACAAAGAAUCUUCUAAAGCAAAGAUACCCAAGCCUUCCUCAGAGCCUUCCAGAAAGGAAAUGCUUCCCCCUCCACCCGUGUCAUCUUCCACUUCCUCCUCCUCCUCCUCCUCCUCCCAGAAGCCAGCCAAGCCUGCACACAAGAGGUCCAGAGCGGAAGCAGACAGCGGUGGUCAGGACCCUCCCAAAAGUGCCAGCAGCACUAAGAGCAGCUCGAAAGACGCUUCCAUUCCCAAGCACAGGAAAGUGCAGGGGAGGGGCCCCGGCGGCUCCGCGGAGCCCAGAGGAUUUUCUGGAGAUACUUCUACUCCUUUCCCAGUGCCUUCUUUGCCAAAUGGUAACGCUAAACCAGGAAAGCCUCAAGCGAAGUUGGACAAACAGCAAGCUGAUUUUCAUAUGAAGGAAGCCAAAAAGUUGAAGUACAAAGCAGAGUCAAUGACAGACAAGGUGGGGAAGGCCUUUAAGUACCUGGAAGCCGUCCUGGCCUUCAUAGAGUGCGGGGUCGCCAUGGAGUCGGAGACGCCGGCGGCCAAGGCGGCUUACACGGUGUACUCGGACACCACCGAGCUCAUCAGAUGCACGAUGGCGUUAAAAUCCUUCUCUGAUGCCACCUUGCCAACACAGGAGAAAAUAUUUGCAGUUUUAUGCAUGCGUUGCCAGUCCCUUCUGAAUAUGGCCAUGUUUCGCUGCAAAAAAGACGUAGCAAUAAAGUAUUCACGCACUCUUAACGAGCACUUCAAGAGUUCUUCCAAAGCGGUCCAGGCGCCUUCCCCGCGCAUGGCAAGAAGCACAGGCACCCCGUCCCCGCUUUCUCCAACGCCUUCUCCCGCCAGCUCCGUGGGGUCGCAGUCGAGCGCCGGCAGCGUGGGGAGCGGCGGCGUGGCGGCCGUCAGCACCCCGCUCUCCAUCCAGAACAUGACCUCGUCCUACGUGACCAUCACGUCCCACGUCCUCGCCGCCUUCGAGCUGUGGGAGCAGGCCGAGGCGCUGUCGAGGAAGAACAGAGAAUUCUUCGCUCAGCUGAGCACGAAAGCCGUACCUUGGCCCUCAACAGCAGCCUGGCGGAGCUGGUGCUCUACACGAGACAGGGCCUGCAGCGGCUCAAGCAGGCGACCCGAGCGCCUUAGCGCCGCGUGCGGGGCCGGCGCGAGGCCUGGGGACCCGCCUUGCACACGGAGGCCUCGGGAUCGGCGCGGACACGUGUCUCCUGGGGACGGCCUCGACUGCGCGGCGGAGCCCGGACGCCGCGCGGUCGCCGCGGCAAGGGAGUUGCGUGGCCGCUGCUCGCUGCAGUGGUGGUGCGGGCAGAGAUGAUGUCGCUGUUCCCGAGGGGACGGGCGCGCCGCGUCGCCGGAUGCGCAUCUGGAUGGUCUAGAGACAUUUCUGUGCUUUUGUUUUGUUUGGGUGUUUUGUUUACUCCAUAGGAUCCAAGUUGCAAAUGAAAUGAGGAGAAGCAACUUCAGCUCGGAAAGCAAGUUCCUGUCGUGUCAGUAGCCAUAUGAAUCCAUUUAAAAAAAAAUUCUUUUUAACCAUGAUUUGCGGUGAAGGGUUUUGUGGAUGAUUUCUUUGUUUAAUUUUGGGGGCCGCGUUGCUUCAUGAAUUCGAAUGGCCAUCUGCGAACGCCGUCGUGAAGGACUCCACUGCCGCUGCGUCCCGCUGUCCAACUGUGGCUUCAUUCCAGGCCCUGGUGUGCGUGGAACUGAAGGUGACCCCCGCGCCCCCCCCCCUCCAAUCCCCAAGCACACUGUCCCGGCGCAGAGCCGGGGGUGGGGAGCCCUGGAGGAGGAGCCGCACUUGGGAGCAUCUCACACCCCAAGAGGACUGGCGCGUUCUAGAAAGCCCGCCUUGGAGGAGAAGGGAACCCGCAUGUCUGCCCGGCCACAUGGCUAGCGUGGCUUCAAUCUUGGCUUACCUGAGCGGGAGUUCAAGGCGUGGGGAGGGGGGGGGGGGUCUCCAGCGGUGUGGUCGCGAUGGCUAGUAAACUCAGAGUUUUGUUAAUGAAGAAAGAAAAAUGAAAUCUUAUGCUAUAUUUUUCUGUUGCAGAUUAUAUUUAUAGCAGAAUGAAACUUUUGAUUGUCUUGAUUGUCUAGGGAAAGUUAACUUCCUGACCAGAGGUGAAGAUUUGGAGUAUCACUUUGACUUCAAAAAAAUUGCCACUCCAUGCCUUCGCCUCCGAGGGCUGUCAGCCGCUGGACUUGCUUAGGGGGCAGAGGAGGGGAGGCUUUCCCUACGCUGUCACCAGCACCCGCAGCACACCCAGAACGCAAGCACGCAGACUCCCGCACGCCCAAGCACAGGUUUCCUUUGACUCUCGGAGGGUUCUUAUUAGAAAUCCUCUUUUGAGUUCAGUGUUUUUAAAAGCCAGUGCUAAAUAGCCCUUUUAGAUGGAGACUUUGAGUACGUAUUAAAAUGGAGAAGUUACUGUUAUUUCUAGCUGGUCUUUUUCUCCUGUUGCCGCUGCGGCUCUGCGCGUGGCUUCCUCUGGUUCAUUUCGCAGUGGAAGCGCAGCCGCGUGAGGAAUACGAGAACGUUCUUGGUAGGUUGAGUGCGUGGAGGUUGUCACAGCGGAAACUGUGUGGCCAUGUCCGCUCUGUCUCUUCUGUGCUGCUGGCUUUACCCACAGUGUUCCUGUCGGAGCAGAAGCGCCGCGCGUGGUUCUCAUGAAGCAAUUUGCUUUAUGGAUGUGGGAGGUGAGCGGCCCCGGGCCUGGCGGCUGCGUGUGCGUCCUGCGUCCUGCGUGUCGCUCCUCGACAGCUGUGGCCGUGGAAACGCGCGCUGUGCUUUGUGGCGGGUUCUUUCCACGUUGGCCACGCGGCGCCCUUGGCUGAACAGUUCCCUAGCAGGUUUCUCAGCCGCCUGGAUCAGCACAGAUCGCUCGUUCAGUGACCACCUCUGUGGGGUUUUGCUUCUCUUCAAAAUUCUCUUCAAAUUGUAUUUGUCCCUUGGAAAAUUAAUGCAUUGGGGUAGAUUAGCUUGGACUGCCUUGGACAUUGGCUGUGUCUAGUUCUUACUGCAAUAUUCAUUUACCUAAAAGAGAAUAGCUAGUAACUGCCCUGGUAAUGGAAUCCGUCAAAAGUAGUGGCUGAUGAGUCCCUACUAUUCUGAAGGUCUUUAUGCUUUAUUGUUGUAUAUAGAAAUCUGAAGGAAUUUCUAAACCAUUUGCACUUUUCUACUGCAUGCUUACAAAGGCAAAAUUUGCACCGAUAUAAUUUGAGAGAUUAGAUUAUAAAAUUAAGCCUUUGGAUACGUGAAGUCCUAUACCAGUAACAGUACACACUUCACAGUGAGACAGCUAAGUAUCUUAAGAAGUGAAAAUAAAGUGCAAAUCUUGCCUUUGCCACUACAGAGGUGUGUGUCUGCCUGCAACAGGAAAUAGAACAUUCUCUUACUUUGAAAAGUGUCAAAUGUUUCUGCUCUGGGAGAUAGUUCAAAUGUGAAUCAAUUAAUUAAGAGCCUUUCUCAAUUAUGAAAAUGCUUUACUGAAACUCAGCAUAUCACCCAGGUUGGGAAAACAUAGGCCCCAUGGGGGGGAUGGGACAGCCCAGUGAAGAGUUACUAGAAAUAAAUCACAACAGGAUGGUAAUUUGAAGAGCAUAAUGAGAAAAGCAUUUGGUCUUUUUUUCUUAAACAAAACGGCCUUUAUUUUGCUAGAUUGGUUUUGGCAGAAAUGGGUAACUAUUUUUCUCGUAGACAAAUUGGGCCACCUUUAUCUCCCUUGUUUUUAUCUAAUUCUAGAACUCAGGAGGCUUAGAAACUAAUUCUCCCCACUUUGGGUUGAAAACUUGCCUUAAUUAGGAGUACCUUGCAGAUCAUUGUUGUUAAGAGCGGUUACUGUGAUUCCUGUGAGGUAACUCGUGCUUCUUCACAACUGUUAAUCUGGACUCUGCAGAAAGGACAGGUGGACACAAAUGCACAAGGAGGGAUUUAGUUGCAUUCAUUUGUGCCUUGACGGACCAAACCUGAUUUUGAAAUAAUGCUAAGUUUUGCCACAUCUUCAAAGACUGUUACAUAGAUCUUAAAUCUCUUCUACUUCUGUGCCGUUUGAAGGGGAUUUGUGCAUCCUGAAGUAAAUGUGUUGGAUAUUUAAAAUUUUUUGCCAUGGCUCCUGAUUGUCUACUUCAAAUUUUUCCCAACACUACGAAAUAGCUUUGAAAAUUGACCACCUCAUCUGUUAUAUUCUGCCACUGACCCGCAAUAUUUAGAUCAUGAAAGAUGCCUCGGAGCUUUCAGAAACACAAGCAUAGGUUGUCUCUGUGGAAAGGGAGGUGGCCGUUCCGUUUGUGGAGAGAUGCCAGCCUCACUUGCGGUAGUACUUGUUCUUUUCCUUUUCCAGUGGGUUUGGUCUUAAUCCCAUUUGGAAAUAAUAGAUGUAAAUAAGGUUUUUUCCUGUGCCUUCGCUACUGUCCUGUCGGAACAAAGUAUAUACUGGCAGAAGCGCAUGGAUUGGGAUUUUCCUUCAAAUAUUGCAAAUAGUAUUUCUUCCAGGAGCCUUCAGUAUGCAGUCUAAUUGUGUUGGCUUUUUGGUGACUGAGAAUGCACAUCUCUCUUCUGCCCAUGUUCUUUAGUUAUGAAGCAUUAACAAGAACCAUCUACCACUUUUCUUCGGGUGGCUGUGCAUUUCUUGUCCUGCGGGAAUUCGCACUGUUCUGUUCCUCUGUGUAUCCGUGUCCCCAAGUACUGUGAUGGGAUUGGGGCUCCUGCUCCUCCCCGCUGGGGGCGUCGGAGGCCGGGCUCUGCGGAGCCUGGAAGGAUCAGGAAAUGAGAUCGCCGCCGCAGGGCUGCGAGCUGCGCAUGGCAGCCGCCGUGGCCAAAGAGGAGAAGACUUGCUUCGCUUAAAGUAGCUGUUGAGAGCCGUGCUGGCCCGGGCAGUAUUACGUUUGCCUUUUGCUCAGGCCGUGGCGCGCGUUGAGUCCAUCAGCCUCCCUCAGAUGCAGAGCAUACACUGUUCACGCCGGGCGUGUUGCGUGCGUGUGGACGCGUGGCCCGAAUCUUUUGUUUUUGUUUUCUGAAUGUGAUUGUGAUUUGGAUGAUGCCUGAGUAGAGUUGCCUUUUUUUUAUUUAUUACCAUUAUAUAUUUUAUUAUAUUAUAUAUCUAUUUUUUGCUUUCUUACCAUGUUAGCGGAAAGUCAACAUCUUGGUAUUGUUAAAAUUGUUUAAAAAGAAACAGACCUGCGGCAGCGGGUGGCGAAGCGCUGGGCCGCCUUGCCGGCGGUGUGCUUGCUUCCCUUGCUUCCCGUGGGUUGCGGUGGCGGCCGUGUCGUGGGUGCGCGAUGCUGCCCGUGCGGCGGGAGGGCAGGAGCUUCCGAUGGGAAGAUGCGCGCCCCGGUGCGGGAGCGCGGGCCCCCCGCGUCAGCGAGCGGGCCGCGAGCCAGGGGUGUUUUUCUAGAGGAAACAUUUGCAAAAGAUCUUUCCAAAGAUAAAUGUGCCACAAGUCUUUUGUUUGUUCUCUGUGCCGAGGAGAAAGUGCUGUUUUUUAAGAAAAGUGUAAUUGUUCUUCAAAUUCUCUCCUUUUCACAAGAGGAUCGAGCUGUAAAAAAAUAAUAAAAAUUUAGAGAAAUCA